ACACGGAGGACAGCUGUGUGACUACAUAUUGGCACUGACAGCUUGCAAACUUUUUCAUCCACCUCACAACGCUGCAGAAAUCAAGACUCAUGUCUGCAAAGCGAUGAGAUAAAUGAAGUCAAGAUUUUACUUGUGAAGGAAACAGCUCUGCACGACGAUGGCACACAUACAGACCCAACAGGACAAGUCAAAAACGCUGUUGGAGGACCUCACAGAGGAAACAUUCCUGAAAGAACUCCACACUUAUAUGAAGAAAAGAAACACGCCAAUUGAGAAAGUUCCACAUCUGGGCUUCAAACAAAUUGAUUUAUAUCUGAUGUUCAGGGCUGUCAGAAAGCUGGGUGGCUACAAACAGGUGACUGGUCAGCAGUUAUGGAAGCAAGUGUACAACACACUUGGAGGAAACCCUCGAAGCACAAGUGCUGCAACCUGCACUCGCAGACAUUACGAAAAGCUUCUUCUGCCACUUGAGUGCCACCUAACAGGACAAGUACUGAAACUCCCGCCACAAACUCACCUACACCACUUCCACUACACGGACUUCAUCAAAGAUGGUGACAAGCAUAGAUCAGCAAGACACCAGCUAAUGCCAAUGCUGCUGCACCAUCAGAACCCUCACAGCUUCUCAUCAGAGUCACACAGUAGCUUCCAUCUACCAUACCAGUACAGCCCCUACUACAACCCUGGCCAAGCGGCUCUGCCCACCUACGUCCACACGCCUUCUUCAGAGCUGAACCCACAUCAUCCCCUUGCGCUUCAGCAACAAUCCCAUUACAGUUCAUGCUAUUCAAACCUGGACGAGAGGAUUAGGGAGCCACUGGAGCACUUACGCUACCUGGCAGAACAGUACAAGUCCUCAUCAGGACUGGCUGAACCUUUGAACCUGAGCUGUAAAUCAACAAACAGAGAUGUCACACCUGCAUCAUCGUUUGCCCUGCCUUCAACUAGCAAGAACCCAAAGUUUCUGAAUAAACCCUCACCUCUGUAUCCCAGCAAAAGAGUGUCGAGAAAUGAAGGACACAAAACACAAGAUAGUGACAGAAGUCUGGGAGUCACACCGUGUUCAAGUUCCCCGAAGAUGAUGGAGGAAUUCAACAGCAAUCACAAUCCUACAACCUCUUCAAGUAACCUCACAUACGACUCCAUUCCAGCAACAGGACCAGACACUUUUGGGGCUGCCAAACGCAUGAAAAUGAAUGAGGACAUCACCACAGUGGCUCAUGAAUCCAGCCCUCCAAAAACAGAUUCGACAAUCCAGCCCAUAGCUGAGAAAGAUUGGAGUCCCAUAAUCACACAGAAGGAAUGUGAUCUCAGCCAUUUACAGACUAAGUGUGCUCAAGAGAAUGAAGACAUCAUGGAAAUCGAGGUACCCUUAGGUGUCCUGCAAAAGUGGAUCAGGAUGUUUAAACCCCCGGUUACUUUGCAUGAAGUUAAACAACAACAACCUGCUCCUACUCAGGAAGAACCAAAGAAUUAUUGCACCACAGAGAUGCUCCCCACCAACCCAUCAUUUAACAUUCAUUCUCUGGCCCAGAAGAGUAUAGCAACCAGUGAGGAUCCAAGGCUGAGGCAGAUGAAUGAACCUAGCCCCCCAUCAACCAUCCAGCCAAACAACAGUCGUGACACAAUGAACCCCUAUGAUUUCAGGAGCUACAGAUCUUUGCCUCCAGGAAGUUUCAUGGGAAUUCCAACCAGCCAUGAUUUGUGUACAUUUGAUCAGCAGGCUAUUAACACACCUUACAGCGCUAAACCCACCGGUUACUGGGAUGCAUACAACAGGAAGACUACUCUCCCCCAAGCUCCUCUCCAGACUCCUCUCACCCAAACUCCUCUCCAGACUCCUCUCACCCAAACUUCUCUUCAGACUCCUGUCACCCAAAGGAUAACAGAGUCUAGUUCUGACUUGGCUAAUCAAGACUUUGCAAGCACUAAAUUCUCAGUCCAUCCUGAAGCCACAGCCCAGCGAAUAAAGAGAGUAGAAGUGAAGCCCUCAGCUGUGCUAAUGUUAAAUUCCAUCUCUGGCUCUGUAUUGCAUCUUACCAGUGAAGAAGUGAUGAAGCUGAAGAAAAUCAUCUCAAGCCCACCCUGAAGAUCUAUGUAGCUAAAUUCACCAGCACAUUGCAGUUUUGCAUAUACUGUAUAUUAUUGUAUUUAUUUAUUUGGUGUGUAAUUACUUGAUGACAAGUACACACCUUAAUUUGAUUUUCUCUGUGCUGGUAACAGUGUAGGCCCACAUGAAAAGGAAGACAUGACAAUGCAGGCUGAAAGGAAAGCAAAAGUGGAUAUAUGAAUUGGAUAGAAUGUUUGCCUAGAGGUGAUGCCAAAACCUGGCUACCUUGAAACACUUCUGACAGUUUGAAACCUAUGAGCCAUGCAAAUUUUGAACAUUGGUCUGGAGUGGACAUGAACAAGAAGACAUCGUGUGCUGUUUUGCCGCAUGCUUGACAAUGGCACCUACUGGACAAUUCAGCAUUGUGCAUCCAUAUUAACUUAUGGUUUUUCAUAUUUAAAAGAAUAUAAUAUCUUGUUUGCAACAUAAUAAAACAACUACAUCAGGAAGACAGACUGAUUUCAAGAGGUCAAGAUUUGAAUAGUGUGUGUGUGUGUGUGUGUGUGUGUGUGUGUGUGUGUGUGUGUGUGUGUGUGUGUGUGUGUGUGUGUGUGUGUGUGUGUGUGUGUGUGUGUGUGUGUGU